UGCAUUUCAAGCAAAAGAACAAACAAUACAGCAGCCAAAUCCACUUCUCCAUCAACUUUAUCUGCAUUGAUAUACCACCUUAAUCUUCCUAACAGAUGGAGAAAUGGUAUCCCCACAAAAUACAACCAUAUGUUAUUUUACAACUAAACCUUUGUACCUAAUCACCAUUCACUUGGCGACUAUAUAAGCACCCUCCUCCAUUCCAGCUUCCACACAUCAAAAUAUUCAUUGCAAUAGCAACUUCCAAUUCAUUUGCAAUUUAGCGGCAAAGCAAUCUACAGCCUUCAAUUACCAACAAGAAUAUGAAGCAAACUCUCUUCUUCUCCUUCCUUCUACUCACCACCAUUUUCUCAAUCACCACUUUAGCUCAGUCACCAGCUGCAGCCCCUAAAGCCCCAGCAAAACCUGCCCCUGCCACACCGGCUCCAGCGCCGGCAAAACCUUUAGUCCCUUCAUUACCCCAGUCACCAUCUUCAGGUGUUGAUUCUUCUGGAAGCCAAGACAUUGUGAAGAUCCUAAGGAAGGCCAAGUCAUUCAACACUCUAAUCCGGUUGCUGAAAACAACCCAAAUCAUCAACCAAGUGAAUGCACAACUUGUGACCUCGAAAAACGGAGGCUUAACCAUCCUUGCACCAGAUGAUGGAGCAUUUUCAGAACUGAAAGCAGGGUACUUCAACUCCCUGGGAGACCGGCAACAAAAGGCACUGAUUCAGUAUCAUGUUCUUCCCGUUUAUGUGUCCAGCUCCAACUUUGAUGCUCUGAGCAACCCUGUGCUCACAUUGGCCAGUGACAGCCCCACAGGGUAUCAGUUAAACGUGACAGCGUAUGGUAACAGUGUAAACAUUUCAACUGGGGUGGUGAAUACCACACUCACAGGCAUUGUGUACACUGAUAAGACACUUGCCAUAUAUCAUGUGGACAAGGUGCUCAUUCCUUUGGACUUCUCUAAGCCUAAGCCUAUAGCUCCAGCACCCGCUGUGGCUAAAGCUCCUAAAGCUGAUAAGGAGAACGCUUCAGCAGAAGAUGAUGACCAGGCUCAGGCAGCCAAGGACAGUUCUGGUGCCAUGAGUUUGGUUAGUACUCAAGGGACAACCUUGGUGUCCUUUGGAGUUGCUCUUCUUGCAGCAGCAGCUACAAUGUCGAGUUGAAGAACAUCCAUUUCUCCAAAGUUUCUAAUAUGUUUUGAGGACUAGCACGCAACUGUUGUGGAGUUCUGUUUUUGUUGUUUUCUUCUUGACCUGUGUAUUGAGUAGGAAAAGUGGUGUUUGUGAGUUAUGUGAACCUUUGCUCUGUUCUUGUUUUGUCAUCAAGCGAAAGAAUAUGUGAUUGUUUUAUUGUCAAAGAUAAAAGGAAUAUCUGCUUGCUUUUGCUUA